CGCGUCUCGUUCCUAGCACCUUUUAGCACGCUAUGAAUCGGAUAUUCCAUGACUACCUUGAUAAGUUUGUGAUCGUGUACCUCGAUGACAUACUUAUUUUUAGUAAGACUGUCGAGGAGCAUGUUGCGCACUUGGACAAAGUCCUCAGUCUCCUGCGACAGCACAAGUUCAAGAUCAACGGUGAGAAGUGCGAGUUUGGCCGCACCCGUGUCUUGUACUUGGGUCAUGAGAUCUCCGCGGAAGGGUUGAAGCCCGAUGACGCAAAUGUGGCCAGCAUUCGUGAUUGGCCACGUCCUCAGUCUGUGACUGAGAUGAGAUCUUUCUCAGGAAUGACAGGCUACUAUAGGACUUUCGUUAAGAACUAUAGCAUAGUGGCCGCUCCUUUGACUGAUUUGACCCGCCUUGACACCCCAUGGGAAUGGACAGACGAGUGCGAGGCUGCUUUCAGACAUCUGAAGCAUGCGUUGACGCACUACGAGGUCUUGAAACUUCCCGACCCUGAUAAGCCGUUUAUAGUCAGCACAGAUGCCAGUCAAUAUGGUAUUGGCGCCGUGCUUGCACAACAGGAGGGGCCAAAGUUGAGGCCUGUAGAGUACAUGUCCAAGAAAAUGCUGUCUCAGAAGUUGGCUAAGUCCACCUAUGAGAAGGAACUCUAUGCGGUUUACAAGGCUCUGACCCAUUCGAGGCACUAUCUCCUUGGGAGACUUGGGGCGAAGGACAGGAAGACUUCAACCGAGUUUGAGUUGGUCAAUGGCUUGUUGUUCCUUGAGAAGGCAGGGAAUAAACGUUUGUGUGUCCCUAAUAGGGAGUCUUUGCGUAGUUUGUUUUUAGGUGAGUGCCAUGAUGCCACCGGCCAUUUUGGGUAUAAGAAGACCGCAGCCAAUCUGCUGCAGCGGUUCUGGUGGCCCACGAUCAUGCGAGACGCCCAGCUGUACGUGGAGACUUGUCAGGUAUGUCAAAGAGACAAGCCACGUACUCAGGUUCCUCUUGGGCUUCUGAAGCCCCUUCCGAUUCCGGAACGGCCUGGUGAGAGUCUAUCCAUGGAUUUUAUGGAUACUUUGGUCACCAGCAAGAGUGGGAUGCGACACAUCUUCGUCAUCGUGGAUAGAUUUAGUAAGUAUGCUAGACUAGUAGCAAUGUCGGAGACUGCGAAAACCGAGUAUGUAAUCAGGUUGUUUAAAGAAAAUUUGGUCAAGGAUUUCGGCUUACCCAAAUCAAUAGUGAGCGACAGGGAUGUCCGAUUCACUAGUGAGUUGUGGAAGGCCGCAGCUGCGGAGCAGGGUACUCAGCUGCAAAUGACUUAUGAGAAUCACCCAGAGGCCAACGGCCAGGCAGAACAAAUGAACCGCGCUGUACAACACCUGUUGACGCAUUAUAUCAAGCCCAACCAGGUGGACUGGGACGAGAAGCUUGCUCUCAUCGCCAGUCUGUACAAUAAUGCUGUACACAGCGCUACUAGGGUGAGCCCAAACAGUUUGCUUUUGACUUUCAAGCCUAGACUACCAUUAGAUUUUCUCCUUCCUGAGAAUCAGUCAACUGUUGCACCAGGUACCUUAGAAUUUGCGUAUCGGUAUGAACAAAAGAUGCAGCAGGCAGUAGAACAGAUGCAGAAGGCACAAGCGGCAAUAUUAGAGUCUGAGAAUAGACACCGCCGCCCUUCUACGUUUCAGGUUGGGGAUAGAGUCUGGGUUAAAUCUUCAGAACUAGGACAAGAGUACUAUAUCUCCUGUGAACUUAUGCCCCAAUACUUUGGGCCUUGGGAAGUUCUAGACAUUGUUGGGACUGAUCCGGAUGGCCCAUCUAAUGUUGUCCGGAUCCUUGGUCAUCUCCGCACUUACCCUGUCUUUCAUGCCUCCAAGCUUGCACCUUUCAAGGAAACAGAUCAUUUUCCAUCUCGUCGUUCAAUGCUGCCCCCAACCAUGGACGGAGAGGUCGACAUCGAUGAUAUUGUUGAUCACCGGGAGCUGUCGGUUCCAAGAACAGAAGGUAGGGGACGUCCUCCGAAACCGAAUAUUCGUGUUGCAUCAGCAACAACUGGUUAAGUGCUUCGCGAAGUUGCUGCCCACUGC